AAUCUCAUCAUCCACCUAAACCUAGGCCAUUCUACAGUUUUCUCUGAAUCGUUCUAUACUUCUACUGUGUUUUCUUCGCUUUCUUUCGUUAAUCAAAAUGGGCAGAAAGUUCAUCGUCGGCGGUAACUGGAAAUGUAAUGGAACUAGCGAUGAAGUUAAGAAGAUUGUGUCCAUGCUGAAUGAAGCCGAGGUUCCCUCUCAAGAUGUUGUAGAGGUUGUGGUAAGUCCUCCAUUUGUGUUUCUUCCCAUGGUAAAAAGUCAAUUGAGGCCAGACUUCCAAGUCGCUGCACAAAACUGUUGGGUGAAGAAAGGAGGUGCUUUUACCGGUGAGGUUAGUGCGGAGAUGCUUGUCAAUUUGGGCAUUCCUUGGGUCAUCCUUGGUCAUUCUGAAAGAAGGGCUUUGUUAAAUGAAUCAAAUGAGUUUGUUGGUGACAAAGUUGCAUAUGCACUUGCUCAAGGAUUGAAGGUGAUUGCUUGUGUUGGAGAGACUCUUGAGCAGCGGGAAUCUGGAUCUACCAUGGCUGUUGUUGCAGAACAAACAAAAGCAAUUGCAGAUCGAGUUUCUGAUUGGUCGAAUGUUGUUUUGGCCUAUGAGCCCGUGUGGGCCAUUGGAACUGGAAAGGUUGCAAGUCCUGCCCAGGCCCAGGAAGUGCAUUUUGAAUUGAGGAAAUGGCUUCAACAGAAUGUUGGUGCUGAAGUUGCUGACUCAAUCAGGAUUAUGUAUGGAGGUUCCGUAAAUGGUGCAAACUGCAAGGAAUUGGCAGCAAAACCUGACGUUGAUGGAUUUUUGGUUGGCGGAGCUUCCCUAAAGCCUGAGUUCAUUGACAUUAUCAAGUCUGGCACUGUGAAGAAGACUGCUUAAGCUUGGAAUCACUGAAUCAGGUAUCUUUGGUAUAGAUGCUGCAGUUUUUGUUCUGGUUGGAUUAGCACCAGUUUUUUGUAACUCAAACAGUGCUUCAGGGAAACAAGUUCUACGUAUAGGAUGGAUAUUGUCUGAAACUGGAUGUAAGCCAGCAGGUUUCUGAGAAUCUGAGUAUUAAUAAAUCUGAACUUUGCUGUUGUUUCAUA